AUGCCUGAACAGGUCUGUCGCCUCCUCUUCCUCCUCCACCUGCUGGCCCCAGUCAUCUCCAGUCACCUCCAGUCACCGGGCCACAGUGAACACCCUCACUUCCUGACCAUAAAGGGUGUAGAGGUGAACGCUGGACAGACGGCCGCCUUCCACUGUACUGUCAACGGACGACAGAGAAACAACUUCAACCUCUGGUUACAGGGUAUUGGUGGACGCGAGGCCCCUAUGAAGUCCACUAAGCCGUGGAACAACAGACGCUUCAUUGGGACCUUCGACGUGGAGAACACCACUAAAGGAGACUCAGGACGCUACCGAUGCAUAGUCCACUCUGACAAAGGAGUUGGAGUGUCCAACUAUGGAGAACUCACCAUAAAACAGCCCCCGGUGCCCAUCGCUCCCCCCCAGCUCACAGCGGUCGGCGCCACCUACCUUUGGAUCCAGCUUAACGCUAACUCCAUCAACGGAGACGGUCCAAUCAUCGACCGAGAGGUGGAGUACCGUACGGUGUCAGGGACCAUGUACGACCUGCAGCCUGUGGACAAGACCACCCAUAAGAUAGGUCACCUGACACCAGACACAGACUAUGAGAUCAGUGUGCUGUUGACCAGGCCCCUGGAUGGAGGGACUGGGGCCCCGGGCCUCCUCUCAGGGCCAGGACCAAGUGUGCUGGUGAGUCCUAAAUAA